AUGAGGUUGUGUGAUCUCAAUCUGGGCAGAUUAGGGAGCUCACUUGGAAGCCAAAGCCAUCGAUGCCGGCCCGACAUCGAAAUCAUCGUCUCUGCCAAGCAUUUAUACAGCAUGCUGACUGGUGCAGAGCAGCAAAUCACCAGAUUGCCAAGAGGAGCUUUCCCCGCUUGUUUCCCCGCUGAGAAGUCUGUGAAGCCUGAGCUGGCUGUAAUAUGGCAGGUCGAGGCCGCGGUCCUCACACUUGCAGGGUAG